AUGAUUAAGUAUAUAGAUGAUGCCAAUAGUGUAUUACAAGUCUAUGUUGAAGAAGAGAAAGGACAAGUAGCAUUGCCUAGUGGUAUAAGUCAAUCUAUUCAUGGAAAAGAUGGUGGUGUUAGUUGUAUUAGUGAAAAUUCAGAAGGUGUAGAUAAUUUAGAUGAAACUGAGGAUGAGAUUGAGUGUGAUGAGUUGAACACUGUGAUUGAUGUCAGUGUUGAGCAUAGUGAGCAAUUGCAGCAGCAAGUAGAAUCGGAAGAGGAUCAUGAAUACUUACCAGUUGAUGAGAGUGACACAGAUGAUGGACUAAAUGAUAAUGAACUGUCAGAUGAUGAUGAGUAUGUGGAAGCAAGGAAAAGUAUAGCAAAGUAUAAGAAUUAUAUGCCUGUUAAUGAGCUUGCUGACAGAUUACAUGGAAACACUGAAAAUGCUAGACAUAAAGCAUCUGGCUUUGUAAGUGAAUACGAAGACUCUAAUGGGGAUGUGAAUUCAGACAGUACUGAUGAGGAUGACAUUGAAGAGGGUUCAAGAAAGAGGAGAAAGAGGGUUGUAUAUGAUCCCAGAUGUGAUUAUAAGUAUUUACAGCUGGUGAUGAGAAGCAGCAAGUACCAAUUUCAAAUGAGAUGUGACAAGGGAUGCCCAUGGAGACUGUAUGGAAGCAUGAUUAAAAGAGAGCAUACCUUUGCUAUUAAGACAUAUGUUGGUGAGCAUAGGUGCCCUAGCGAGAUGAAAAAUAGGCAAGCUACCUCUGAAUGGAUAGCUAAGGAAUAUAUACAUAGAUUCAGAAGAAAUGCCAAUUGGAGUGUGAAGGACUUGGAGGAUGACUUACUUGAUAAGUUCUGUGUUCAAGUGUUAAGAACAAAAUGCUAUAGGGCAAAAUGGAAAGCACUUAAUAUGCUAAAAGGGUUUAUACAGGAACAUUAUGCUAAGUUAAGAGGCUAUAAAGUUGAAUUGCUAAGGGUGGAUAAGGAAGGCAGAUUUGAUUUCCUCCUUGAUGAAGACUGCACUUUUAAAGGGUUCUUUAUAGGCUUUAGUUCCUUGAGGAAAGGGUUUUUGAAGUAUUGUAGGCCCAUUAUUGGAUUUGAUGGGUGUUUUUUGAAAAGUUUUUUAGGAGGGGCAUUAUUAUGUGCAGUUGCUAAAGAUGGGAACAAUCAAAUGCUCCCAUCUUUUGGGUUGUAG